UAUUCUACAGAUAAAUGAGCAGGGUUGGAAACUACAUUCAGGGCACUGACGUUCAUGACAGUAUGAUAAUCCAGGACAAAGUGGCGUUUGUAACUGGUGGGGCACAGGGAAUAGGACGCGCUAUAUGUGAGGCACUGCUGAAAAAAGGAGCCAAGGUUAUUAUAGCAGAUAUCGACGCUGCAAAUGGGAAGUUGACGGUGUCAGAGCUUGCCACUGAGUAUGCUGAUAACGUCACCUUCAUUGAAUGUGACGUGACGAAUCAAGAAAGUGUGGAAGAUACCUUAGGAAAAGCAAAAGAUACAUAUGGCCGACUGGAUAUCAUUGGUAAUAACGCGGGCGCCAUGAUGGAAAAUGAUCCGAUAGGUACAAUCAACUUGAAUUUGUGCGGAGUGAUGCGGGUAGCAGCAGUUGCCAUGAGUUACAUGAGAGCUGAUAAAGGUGGCAGCGGUGGGAUCAUUAUUAAUACGGCUUCGUUGACUGGCGUUAAGCCCUCUUAUAAUUGCCCCGCUUAUUGUGCCUCUAAGUCUGGCGUCAUUGGAUUCACAAGAUCCUUUGCUAUGAAUCCCGACUUCGAUUUACACAAAGUGCGAAUGAACUGCCUUUGUCCAGGUAUGGUUGACACCCCCAUGAUACAAGGCGUCUUAGAUGAAGACGGCAAGGAAGGAAGAGUUCUAAAUUUUGAUCGGUUUAGAUACGCCGUGAAUCUGCCCCAGCUUAAGCCAUCUGCAGUGGCUGAUGUAUUCAUAGACCUGGUUGAGAAUGAAAGCAAGAAUGGAGCGGCUAUGCUUAUCACAGUAGAGGGUCCACCGCGAGACAUCGAGUUUCCAAUAUAUUAGUAAAGACUACGGCAAUCAGCUUCCUGGUUUUCUUUGUACUGUACUGGUCUACGGUGUGGUUUCUCAGGAUCACUGGGGCACACGAUGUAAUAGGAAAUGUUUAAACGCCUUGAACAAUCUUAAUCUUACACUUUGGCAGCAAUGUGUUUUACUGUAUGAUCAGAAUGGUACUUCCAGCUCUAUCAGAACUCCGUUUCUGUAGUAAAAUCCAGUGAGAUUACCAUAAAUAUUGUAAAUGGAAGUGUGAAGGUCCAAGAAAUAAAACUAUGUUCACUUAAAGACAUUGAAUAUACAAAACGUGGUUUGUUUUGAAAUACUUCAGCUCAGCCGUAGGGGCCUAAUAAUAAUACAUUCACAACUUCUGGCUUGGGCUUCUCUAAUGCAAUGGACGCAACAGUCCUUUACUUAGCACAAUGUCUGUUGAUAUUCAACAUAGGCCAUGUGCGUGUAACUUGAUGCGUGACCCUUGAAUCAUGAGAAACAUUUAGUCAAAUAUUCGAUAUGCCAACCAUAG